AUGGCUGCGGUGGAGCGUCCCCCGGCGAAAGAGGGGGCUCGGAUAGUGUUCCUGUGCGUGUGCUGGUACACCGUGAGCUCGGGGGGCAACGUGGUGAACAAGAUCAUCCUCAAUGGCUUCCCUUAUCCCGUCACGGUGUCGCUCUUCCACAUCUUCUCAAUCGUCCUCUUCCUUCCACCGCUGUUGCGGGCAUGGGGAGUCCCGAAGAUCGAGCUGCCCAGCAGAUAUUUCCGCUGGUACAUCAUUCCCCUGGCUUUCGGGAAAUACUUUGCCUCUGUUUCGGCCCACUUCAGCAUAUGGAAAGUGCCAGUUUCCUACGCACACACCGUAAAAGCCACAAUGCCAAUUUGGGUCGUGCUGCUGUCAAGAAUUAUCAUGAAGGAGAAGCAAACGACGAAGGUGUACGUCUCCCUCAUCCCCAUCAUCGGAGGGGUGCUGCUGGCCACCGCCACGGAGAUGUCCUUCGACAGUCUGGGGCUUAUCAGCGCCCUGGCGGCCACUCUCUGCUUCUCCCUGCAGAACAUCUUCUCCAAAAAGGUGCUGCGGGACACGCGGAUCCACCACCUGCGGCUGCUCAACAUCCUGGGCUUCAACGCCGUGUUCUUCAUGGUGCCCACGUGGGUGCUGGUGGACCUCUCCUCCUUCCUGGUGGACCCCGAUCCGACGGACACAACGGGCUGGACCCGCACCUUCCUCCUGCUGCUGGUCAGCGGGUUCUGCAACUUUGCCCAGAACGUGAUCGCCUUCAGCGUGCUGAACCUGGUCAGCCCGCUGAGCUACGCCGUGGCCAACGCCACCAAGCGCAUCAUGGUCAUCAGCAUCUCGCUGUUCAUGCUGCGCAACCCCGUCAGCUCCACCAACAUCCUGGGCAUGAUGACGGCCAUCGUGGGCGUCUUCCUCUACAACAAGGCAAAGUACGACGCCAACCACGAGAAGAAGUUGUUGCCCAGCAGCAAGCAGGACCUGGUGACCUUUGACUCCCCGGCGCCGCUGGAGAGGUUACAGGCCAACGGGGUCUCCCUGCCCUUCACGCACGGGUUGGAGCCACAGCACAACCGCAACAACGUGUUGACGGACCACUUCCAGUACAGCCGGCAGGCCUACACGACGAACCACCAGUACGUGGUCUAGAACGCUGGGGCCUCUCCAUGGACUUGACUGUAUGUAGCUAACCCCUCCCCCCCCCAUGCCCCCCAGACACCCCCACACACCCCACCUUAGUGUAGCGACGGCCAGGCUUGGACAGCCCUCCCUGAGUGUGCGAGUUGAGCUAAGGGACGGUUCUUAUCACGCAGGGGCUGAUGGGAGAUGUAGUUGUAAGAUCAGAAAGGCCAGUAGCCACAUCUGCCCAACAAGCCCACUUCCGCAGUCACUUUUGUUAGCGGUUCACCGGCAUAUCGUUUUUAUUUUUAUUUAUUGGUUUAGUUUUGGUACUCAGUGAUGUUAUGGUUUUUUAAUAGUAGACUUUUUUUUUUGAGUCUACUAUUGCUGUGUGUGUGUGUGUGUAUGUGCAUGCACAUGUUGGGAGUGUACACGUUGCAUCUGAAUAAUUAUUUUCAUAUUCAAUUAAGCCACAGGUUGAGUUAAUUUGUGAACAUCUCUAGGGAAUCAUGCUCCAUGUGUUAUCUUUGUUCUAUAAAUGUCCCGUUCGCGGGCACCUUAGGAUAAUUCAAUGUUGGGGUUCAAAUGUAUCCUGCUCAUUAGAACCCAAAUUCAAUGAUAAUCUCGUCACAUGGAUUUGUUGUUUGUGCGAAAUACAAUAUUAGCAUGAUAAAACCAAAUAUUUAAAUUCAGAAAUAAAUGGUUACGUCUUUUUAUAUAUAUUUUUUUAGUAACUGCUACCGCCAUUGAAAACACUUUCGUCUGAUUAAUAUUCUGGCUAAGAAUUCAAGGGGUUGCGCAAUGUGAGCUAUAUUGCAGGCCCCGCCCCUUUCCAAGCAAGCAGGUGACGCCCCUUUCCCAGCAAGCGAACAAAGCUGAACAGCUGACCAAUCCUCUGUUCUCUUUGGCCCUCACACUACUCCUCCAAAAGAGGCUGAUGCUCUCAUUGGAUAAAAUCCUGCCCAUAUUGGGAACAAAAUCUAUUGUAACUGACCAGGCGUACGGGGUGUCGCAAAGAUACUUGUCUUCAGCUGCCAAAUAUCGAUUUGGAAAGAACAUUUACAGAUGUUCACGUAGGAUCAUUGGUUUGGGGAAAUUGACCCCUGGUCUAAAAAUCAUUACGCACCUUUUCUGCAUAACUUGACACUGAGACUAUUUCUCAAGGCUAGAGUGGUCCAUGACCUGUCCUGUUAGGAUGACUUUGUGGCCAUCGACCAGAGAAGAGUGGAUACCAAAAUGAAGCGAUUAAAAUUUCUCAAACCAUAUGUAAGAGGCCAGCUGUGGGCCUUCCAGAUAUAAUUUUUUUAUGUAUUGUUUCUUCGUCAUAUUUUCUACCUGAUGUGAGCUGUAUUAGAUGGGCCAAUGUUAAACUCAACUUGUCAAACCAGUCGGCAUGUGUAUCCUUAAGCACCUACAUGUUAGUAGGCUGGAAACGUUCAGAAUGUAAACGACUCGAGCAGUGUUAUGUCCCCUACAACUGACCAACCGUGUGACAUCAGCAAUGACUACGGAUUCCUCCAGGUAAACUACGAGCUAGUUGAAAUGUUACACAUGGCGACUUUAAUUAGAAUUGAAUAAUUAUUUUUUUUUUCAAUGUUUUAAUUCUGGGGUUCAGAUUAUGGUUGAGUAAAUCAUCUGUACGUGCGUAACACAAAUUCUUUCAACCACCAGAUUUGCACUUUGUUAAUCAAAGCAAGAUGAGUUUAGCAAUCAACACUGUAUUUUUUGUUUAUUUUUUUAAGGAAGACAGGCUUGCUAGCUAUCCUCUGAACAAAACAUUUUAAUAACUUGAUGUCAAGGCACGGGAAAUGUAUUAUUACUUUUACAAAUGAGGAAAUGAAGGAUUCUAUAUUCCUUGUUAUCAACAGAGCAAUGGUUAGGUGGUUUGUGAUGAUUAGCCUUCUUAGAGCCUAGCGAUCACUUGGCUUUGCUGAUGGGGUGUCUUAAUCUUUAUUUACUUGGAGGAUACUUAAUGAUAUACAUGGCACAACUCUUUUUUUUUUUGCUUUUUUUUUUCUGUUAUAGUAGAGAGAUCACAAUAAUAAAAAAAAGAAUGGGAGAGAUGAAGAUUCAUUUGAAAUCUGUUGCGGAUUACUUUAGUUUCUUUUGUCUUUUGUUUCUUUGUUAACAUGAAUGUCACCCUGAAUCUCUGGUAUUGAAUUGUUCAGUAGGUCAUUUUUGUAUUUGUUGUCUAUCUCUUGAGGGUUCAAACCGAACACACUGCACCCCCCCUCCCCCCCUCCCCUCCCACCAUCGAUGAUAGCAAUAGUAUAACACUUUUAUUUUAACUAUUUUGUUAACACGUCUCGCCAGACUGUUUUUCCUGGAGUGGAUUCGCUUGCCUUUUUUAACGUCUACAUAUCUUGAUGAAUCAUGUGACCCCAGCAAGGAUAAAUGAGUUAAAAAAAAAUCGUUGAUAAGAAAAUGUCUUUGAUAUGUACAUUUUAAAAAGGGUUGAUUUCAGACGAAUGUCAUUGAGGGAGGUGGUCCAGCCAUUGGACGGUUCACUUGGAAACGGUUCCUGUUGUGACAUCCCACCACAGCAAAAGAGGCUGACUCAUAACGAGAGGACAGAGGCCUUAUGGAUGUCAAUGGAAGAUGCGGGGGGGGGGGGGGGGGGGGGUGGUCAUGCCUCACCCCUCCCCUAUGUAUACAGGCAUGUAAAGGCCAAAAUGUCCCAGUCCCUUCGGGGGCGGAGGUUUGCUGUAAAUCUGUAAACUUGCAGUGUAAAUAUAUACUAGUAUGGUGACGGGCUACUCUGUAAAAGUUGUACAAAAUUCUGUUAUUUUGUUUGAAAAGACAGAAUUUUUACCGAAGCGAUGUUUAUAGAUUUUUAUUUAUGGUGUUGAGGUACAGGAUUAUUGUAAAGACGUGCCACAACUAGGGUCAGAAAUUAAUUUAUGAUCAAUGUAUAAAGAUUUCUCCCUUUUUCUUUUUUUUUUUUCAAAAAGGCCCUAGACAAAUUGAAAUGCAGGGACUGGAAAUCAGCCCAGUGGAGGAAGCCAGUGUUGAUCGAUUUGUCAUGUUAACUAUCUUUUGUCCGUUGUACGAAUGGAAACUGGUGACACUGGAAAUUGCUACUGGGAAGAUGUUCGAAAUUUUAAAUGUAUUCUAGCAGGCGUUUUAUGACGACAUUGUGUAUGCUGAUUUAAUUAAGUUAGCUCGGCUUAUGUACAGGUUUUUAUAAGGGGUUGGGGACAAAAGUUAAUUUCUGACCUUGGCCACAUUGUCACCUUAAGUUAAGUAAAAUGCUAUUUUUAAAUGUUAGAAAGGAAUAAAUGCAUUGUGGAAUAA